AUGCGCGAGGCGCGCCGGCACGCCUCACACUUACUCACCUCCGUCCUCGCGUGUUGCCUGAUCUUCCGCGCCUUCAACGCCGUCGUCGUGCGCACGUUUUUCAACGCCGACGAGUUUUGGCAAGGGCCAGAAAUCGCGCACAAAAUCGUCUACGGCUACGGCCACGCGACGUGGGAGUGGCGCGCCAAGCUGCGAGGGUACGCGCAUCCCUUAAUCUAUGCGCUGGUGUAUAAGCUGGGCGACGCGGUCGGCGCGCGGUCGGCUUGGUUCGUGAGACACGCGCCGCGGGCGACGCACGCGGCGCUGAGCGGGACGCACGACGUCGGAUGUUAUCGCCUGGCGCUGCGAUUGCACGGCGACGCGUGCGCGAGGGCGGUGAUCGUGUUGAGAUUUUUGAAUUGGUUCGUGUUUUACUGCGAGACGCGGAGCUUCUCGAAUUGCGUGGAGGCCUGCGCGACGACGUGGGCGUUGACGUUUUGGCCGCUCGGGACGACGCUCGGGACAGGCGCGGGCGGACGCCGACGGCGGUUCAAGGCGUUGGUUUUAGCGGCGUUGGCGUGCGUGAUGCGACCGACGAGUGGCGUUUUGUGGCUCGCGCUCGGCGUGCGGACGUUGAUCAAGGCGAAGGCGACGAUCGGGGAGAAGGCGCGAUUUGCGGCGCUCGAAGCGGCGCCGACGGCGCUUGCUGCGCUCGGCGCCUCGGCGUGCGUCGAUAGGUAUUUUUACGGCGAGUGGACGUGUGUGGUGUGUAAUUUCGUGCGGUUUAAUGUAUUUGAAGGUGGAAGCGCGAUAUAUGGCUCACAUCCUUGGCACUGGUAUCUCACGCAAGGGUAUCCGGCGGUGAUGGGCACGAUGCUGCCGCUCGCGGCGAUUGGAUUUUGGCGCCAUCGCGCGACCAAGCCAGAGGCGUUUAUAGCGACGUUUUGGACUAUUUUGGGGUACUCUUUCGCCGCGCACAAAGAAUUCAGGUUCUUACUGCCGUGUCUCGGCGUCUCGCUCGUGAGUGCGGCCUCGGUGCUAUCGUCCAUGACGCCGUCGCGUCGACGUUUCGUCGUCGCCGCGUUGGUCGUCACCAACGUCCCCGCGGCGCUGUACUUGUCCGUGUGGCAUCAAGCCGGUACGAUCGCCGUCAUGCCACACAUCGCGCGCUUGGCGAAAAGUGGCUUAAUAACCCACGGGGGCGUACUUUUCGCCACGCCGUGCCACCAGACGCCGUUUUAUUCGCACAUCCAUCGCGAGAUUCGCAUGACGUUUCUCGACUGCUCGCCCGACCGCGCGCCGGGCGAGGACGAUUCCGCCAAGUUCACCGCCGACCCACAUGCGUGGCUCGAACAAAAGUACGGCGCGACGCCGAGCGCGAAUGACGCGCACGCCUGCGCUGUGGCCGCGGCGUUGGCACCGAGCCGACUCGUUCUCUUCGACGCCGACGCCCUUCGAGCGAGCGCCUGGCUCGCGAGUUGGAAUUUCACCCUCGAGGCCGAUUUCCAUCACGCCCACGUCGAGGUCGACCGCGAGCUGCAGCGUCGAUUAUUAGUGUACGCGCGCGACGCCGACGCCGCGACGCGGCGUUGCGAGGCGCAGGAAUAG